UAGACUAUUUAGAUAUAGUCUUAAAAAUAUCGAUUUACAUGGUGUCAUUCAAUAUCAUGUUAUCUCAUUUAGUACCGUAGUUUCAGUUUCAUAAAAAGUGUGAUUCAUUUAUGAAAUUAAAUAUAUUGACACUUGACAAAGGGUUUCAUUUGUUCGUAGGUUAGUAAAACAAUUUCAGCGUUUGAUUAUGGUGCAUGUUAUAUUUAUUAUAGGAUAUUUUAUUUAUUUUUUUUUAUUUUUUUUUUUGUUUUUUUGUUUUUUUAUUAUUUUAAAGCAAAAUUAUGUAAGAUGCGAACCAGUAAAAAGUAAUGUUACAGAAUGCUUACAUAUCAUUGUAAUAUGAGUGUAUGACUAAUAAUUAUUAAUAAAAGAUCCAAUGAAGUCUCCUACUUUUAUUUCCGAUUUGAAACAAUGUGAGCUUUAUUGUUAGGGAUUAUUUUUAGAAAAACAGAAACCUCCGAAAUUUGUAUCACAAACCCAUUUCUUAUUACAUGUCAAAUCACCAGUAAAAUAACCUGUUCCGUAAGCUAAACUGUUUGUUUUCUUCUCUAUAGUUCAAAAUACUGAUGUUAUGGACGUAAAGAGAAGAAACUAUAAAAUGGCGCGAUAUUACAUAACAGGAUUAUCUAUCCUAAUAUUCGCCGGACUUUUCAUUGUUACCAAUGGAUCCGUGUGUGAAGAUAAUCGAGGUUCAGGCCGUUUUAUCAGGGGCGAUAACAGCAAAACUAUUAAUUACUUCCUACGGAUACUGAGAAGAAAGAAAACGUUUGAUUUCAUGGGGGAUAAUAAAAACCAUGAAGGAUGCCGAAGGAUGAUUGGGAAAUAUGUACACCGGAAGGGGUUUUAUGUGAAUGACACGACUAUGGUGAUUCUUGACUGUUGGGAACCCACAGAAUGCACUCUCAUAGAAGAAAGGGGAGAACGUAGAGAUACUUUAAGACUUGUUCCAAAGUCUGUCAUGAAUUUUGUAUUUUGGACUCGAGUAAAUACUGUUCUUUUACCCAUUGACGAGCGUAAUACAAUCUCCUACACGUUACUUCCAUAUGUUUCUCAACGAAGUAUUUUAUUUGUCACAUCUUUGGUAUCUGGAUGCAGUGUUUUUGUUGCUACAUCGGAUAAUAUAGACUGCAGCAUUAUCGUCAUGCAUGCUAAUCAUUUCUGCAGGAAUUUCGAGGAUGACGAUGAUAACCAUGAGCAGGCAAUGUCUGUGAUUGCGCAAGUGCAAAUCACGAACCAACAAUGUAAAUAUCGCAUACAACGUAGAUGGGCAAGUGAUCACAAACGUCCUAACAUAGAAAAACACAACUAUUACUACAGUGACAGUAUUGUUUAUUACAGAAUAAUGGCGGGUAUUAAUUUUGUGUAUGGGUACAUUUUAGGAGGACACGGAAGGAAGUGGCAAUUCUGUGUUAAAGAGUUGCAAGACAGUCCCCGCCAAGAAAUUUGUAAAGAGAUUUUAUAGAAAAUAUAUAACAAGUGAUGUAGGAAGAGAAUGGUGAUGCUUUAUAAAAACACAUUAUCAUUUGAGCCGUGCCAUGAGAAAAUCAACAUAGUGGGUUUGCGACCAGCCUGCGCAUCCGCGCAGUCUGGUCAGGAUCCAUGCUGUUCGCUAAUGGUUUCUCUAAUUGCAGUAGGCUUUAAAAGCGAACAGCAUGGAUCCUGACCAGACUGCGCGGAUGCGCAGGCUGGUCUGGAUCCAUGCUGGUCGCACACCCACUAUGUUGGUUUUCUCAUGGCACGGCUCAUUUCUUGAAUGGACAUAUGUUAAUGAACAGGUAGUUCUAACAUAGAUCAGUAAAUAUCUUUAAGUUCUGGUUCUGUUGAUAUAAUUUAUUAUGAGUUUUACUUAUAUUUACAUGUUUAUCUAAAAAUUUGAUCCUACAAAUAUUUACGCAUACAUUUUGUAUAGUAUGUUUUGUGAAUUGACAAUACAGUAAUACUUACUGAAUUAGAAACAUAGAUAAAUUCAUGAUUUUUGUAGGGAUCAGAAAUGUGUGCGUAUGUUGUUAAUAAACAAAAUGUAUAAUUUUGGCAUAUACCUAAAUCAUAGUGUAAAUAUACUUUUCAAUGUUGAUAUACAAGUCAUAUAUUUAGGAUGUCUAUUAAGGUUACAACUUUCAAAAAAAUUGUAAAUAUUCUUAAUGUGUAAAUAUUCUUAAUGUUUCAAAAUAUGAAUGUUGAUAUACCAGUUAUAUAUUUAAGCUGUCUGCUCAGGUUACACCCGCGUGCGAUAAAUCCCGUCAAAUGUCAGAUAAAUAAAUCCAGCGGGAUUCACACAACAACAACUUCUGGUAAGCUCUCAACCAAUGGUUACCUGCCAGAAAUUAUAGAUCUAGCAGAAAGCAUGCAAUGUUCUUUCUUAUAAACACGUUUCUGUGUUGCUUAAAAGUAAGAAAUUAAGAACCUGUACUGAAAGAUACUGUGGCUAUUUGCAGUAAUCUUUUCAAACUGUGCUACGAGUUAGUUGACAGUGUAGUGAAAGAAUAGCUAUUUUUUCUAUUUAGAACCCUUUAUACGUCAGGAUGAACUAAAAGUACUUAGUAUAAUAAAACUGCUUGUCUUUAAAGUCAGACCCACCAACUGGAUUAUGGAAAUAUCGAAAAAAAAUCAUUAAAUUGUCAUAUGUUCACUUAACAUCAAUAUUGUAAAUGAAAGAUUUAACAAAAGAAUGAGGUAAUUGGCAAUUUUUCGAAGUUUACUUUUGGCCUUUACUAGUAAUUGCUGAAAUUCUAAGUGAAAUUUUGUAGCUCUUGAUUACUCUCUUAUUACUUAUUACUUAUUUUCUUUACUAGUGCUAUUUUAGUUUUUAGUUUAGUGAUAAUAUCUACCAAUACCUAAAUCAUGACGUCCUUUUCAAAUUUUUAGAUUCCGUAGAUAUGCAGGGUUUUUUUUUCACAAAGUAAACAUAUGAUUUAUACACACACGCUUUUUUAUUCAGUACAUUUAAUACAACAGAAAAAAAGUCAUUUAUUGAAUUAAAUCUCUCUAUGAUAGUCGUUAUACUAUAAGACUAUAUGUGAAGUGCUAAAUCGUCCAAUCCUAAAAACCUCGCCAUCAGACUCUAAUUAUUUGACUUUGUCCAUGGUAAAAAUGGGUUACAUUAAAAACUUUAAGUGGAAUACGAUAUUAAAAAAGAAUUUUUAUGGUUCUUCCUAUAACCUGGAAUACUUAUAAGAAAGGUUGGGUUUAACUUAACAAAUUCAUGUAACUGUUUGCCAUAUUGGGAUGAUAAAAACAGUACGAAUAAAUGCGUGAAAACUCACUUUCCCGUUUUUAAAUGUUAUUUGCUUUCAACAUGUACUAUGUUAAAAUCAUUUCAAUAUAAAAUAAUAUUGAUUUGUAUUUGUGUCAUUACAUGUUUAUAGAUGUUCAUGCGGGUUCUUUGAUCAGUUUUAACACCUCGGCAUUUCACGUUAUAAGAUAUGUGAUCAAUACACUAAUUAACAGAAAUUACUUAAUUUGUUUUAAUUGUUUCUUUUAUUGUUUUAAUUUUUCAAGUUUAUUUCGGCUUGCUCCAAUGCUUACGAUUUCCGCAUUCAUUCGUACUAGUUCAUUUUAUCAUUCCAAUAUGGCGGACAGUAUGCGGCGAGUACACUUUUGGAGACAUGGUAAACACAAAUAAAUGAAAGGGCAUUGCUUACUGAAAAUUGAAAUGUUAAAUUCAUUAAGAUAAUACAUGCAUAAUACUUACCAAAAGAAACAAAGUGAAUUUCGGCAGCUUUAUGCAUAGAAGUAAAAUUCUGGUUCCCUAGUCUAUGCACGGUACUUCGGCUAGAGAACCGGUUCCGGACGAAUAAGUUCGCUGCAGAAGAUGGAGGAUUUUUAACGCGCAUGCGUAUAGAAAUGGAUGUAAAAAUUUUGAGCUUGUGUAUUUUUCUAGAAAAAUAGAUUUUACAAGUUCAUGGAAUAUAGAAUAUUGGAUUUAAGUGUAACAGACUGUACUUCAGUGAAAAGGAUUAAUCUUAAUUAUCUUUAAUGGGUAAUAACAAGCGUAAAAAGGACAAAAACUCUCCAAACGAUAAAGAGACACCGGCAAAGAGGCCAAUUAUGGCGCAGAAUUAUGUAUCUCCAAGCUAUUUGUCACCUACCAAUGUGCAAAAUGGACAGAAUAUGCUUAAUAUAGGACAGGUACAUCCUUCAUAUUACAACAUGAAUCAAAACAUGAAUCAAAAUAUGGGACAAAUGAUGAAUCAAUGGUCUCCUAAUAACUUUCAAAAUAUGCAACAACCUAGUUUUCAAGGUACGCCAGGUACGCCAUGUACGCCAUCGGCAAAUGGGCCGCCAUUAUAUCCAAAUCAACAGGUCGUGAGUACUGAUCAGACAAUGUCAUUGAUACUACAAAGACUUGAUUGCAUUGAUACAAAACUGGGUCAGUUGGACAAAAUACAAGUGUCAAUGAAUAAUAUAACGGUUAAAAUGGAUACACUAGAGCAAAGGGUGACAGUUAUGGAAACGACGGUAGCAGAGAUUGAGAAAAGCAGGACCUUUGAUUCUAAUAGCUCGGAUACACUUAAACAGAAACAGAAAGAAAUAGGGACCUUGGUAAAAAAGCUUGAGGGCUACCAGGUGCAACAAAAGAAGAGAGAGGAUGUGUUCCAGUCAACUUUGAUGAAAAUGAAGGUGAAGGACUUACAAAAUAACUUGAUGUUUUAUAAGGUACCAGAAGACCGAGAUGAAACUAACGACAAGUGUAGAGACAAAAUCUUGGAAAUAGUUCAAGAUCAUAUGAAAAUAGAAGACGCUAAAGAAACAAUAAAGGUGGAAUCUGCCCAAAGGAUAGGUAGAUAUGACCUUAGGAAAACAAGGCCCAUAUUAGGUAAAUUCGAAUCAUAUGAGGACAAAGAGUCGGUGAGAAAAUCGGCACCAAAUUUGAAAGGAACAGAUUUCGGAGUAAGCCCGCAGUAUCCGAAAGAAAUUUUGGAGAAAAGGCGAUCUUUAGUCCCAAUUAUGAAGGAAGCGAAAUCAAAGGGGAGAAAAGCCUAUAUUUCAUGGGAAAAACUGUAUAUAGAUGGGCAAUUACACUAGGAAGAAACACAGACAUUUGGCGACGAAGCGAGGGCGGAGGGCGCAAGGAGGACGACAUAGGGAGUAAGCGAGAAUUCCCUAGGUAUUCUUUGUUGGAAUGUAGAGGGACUCACAAAUCUAAAAAAGGAGAACGAAGACUUUCUAGAAGUUAUUUCUGGCAAUCACAUUAUUUGUCUCAACGAAACGUGGACGUCGAAAUCUUCAAAAAUUAAUAUUGAUGGAUAUGAUAAGCCUAUUCAUUCUUUCCGUAGAUUUCAGAAUCGAAGGGCUAAGCGAUCUAGUGGAGGAAUGAUUGUUUAUAUCAAAAACUGUAUAUGGAAAGGGGUAAAAUUGGUCAAAAAUGACGUUGACUGCAUUAUUUGGCUGAAAUUAGAUAAAACGUUUUUCAGAAUGGACACCGACUGGUACUUAGCAUUUUCUUAUAUUGCACCAGAAUCUUCAGAUAUACACAAUUUAUGUAACUAUGAUAUAUUCCAAAAAUUGCAAUCAGAAAUUAUAGAGUUUUCAGAAUUAGGGCGAACGGUCCUUUUUGAUGACCUUAAUAGCAGGGUAGGGCAAAAGAAAGACUACAUUGAGCUCGAACGUGUAAUGGAGCAAGAUUUAACGGACCAUUUAAAUGACUGUCCGCCCCCGCGGCGAUCUCCUGAUCAAAGAUCAAAUCGUUUUGGCGAUAAUUUACUGGAUCUCUGUAAGACGACAAAUAUGUGUAUUUGUAAUGGGAGAAUUAAUAAUGUCCCCGGGAAAUUCACGUGUUUAACGGCAAAUGGUGAGAGCGAGAUCGAUCUGGUACUGACGAAAUAUUCGAAUUUUGACUUAAUAGAGGAUUUUUACGUUAGCGAUUACAACGAAUUCUCAAAUCACGCCACGGUGUCAUUCAAAAUACGAAUCAACACAAUAGCAAGCGAGAAAUACCGGACUACUUUUUCUUACUAAAAAUAGAAUGACAAUUAGUGCCAGGAAUUUAGAGAUAGUAUCGCUCAAGAUAUUGAUAUAUUAAAUGAAAUUUUAAUGCAAAUGGAGAGCAAUGAAUUGUCAUUGAAUGACACAGUGGAACAGUUUAGUGAUUAUUUAGUAACGCGGGCAGAUAGAUUUUUCAAAAAGACAGUGACUGUUUAUGAUAAAUUUGCGUUUACUGAUGCACGACAUAACAGAAGCAAAUUGGGGUAAAGACAAAACACUGACCGGACCACUCAAAUCAACAGACUACUGACCAGUCAGUUAACAGACCAGGGGGUACAAUUUGCAGACCACUGGUUUACUGACUAGAUAAGAUAAGAAACAUUUUAGAUUAAAUGCAAAGAAAACAUAAAUGUUAGACAUGACUUUGGUUGCAGUUCAAAUAACCAGUGAAAUUUUAAAGCACUUUACUGUCAUAUUUUAAUAUAUUUUAAAAAGCUGCGAUUAUGUUAUCAUUAUACUGGCUCAGAAAACUUUUUUGAUGUAGAGUUAUUUCAAUUAAGACAAGCAUUUUUUCACAUUUGGAAGUAAGAUGAAAAUUACUUGUAAUAUUUUACAGUUUUGACUAUUUUUAAUACAAAACCUAUUGCAAAUUUCCAAUCUAAUUGUCAUAAAUUGUUUGACUGUAGAAAUGUUAUUAAUAUUAUUUAACAUUAAAAACUCAAGAUUUGUUACUUCCAAAAUAAGUAGGAGAUUUUCUAUACAUGCUGAAGUACAGUAUAUGUGAAUUAAAUGUAUUGCAGUUUUUGUUUGAAAUACUGUACACUCUUAUAGCGCUAAAUCAAUUCUCUUGCAAAAAAAGAGAGCAAAACUUAAAGGUUUCUUAGCACCUAUCAAUGAGAAUUUUUAAGUGUCUAAGUAAAGUCAGGCUGCUAAAGAAAUUUGUUCACAGUUUGGAUAUCUUCUUUUUUUAUUUUAAUAUUGUAUUUUAUAUUAAAUGCAAUUUUUAAAGCUGAAAACAAGGGAAAACCAUGUAAUAUAUAGUUUUUGUUAAACCAGGAUUGUCUUUAUUAUUUCAGAUAGAUGUAACAUACUCCAGAACUUUUCUAAAAAAAUUAUUAAACAAAGCCAUAUGUAUGUUUAUAAUGAUAUAUAGAAAAAGUGGAAACUCCAGAGGUCGCUCAACCUGAUGAAAAAUAAACUGUUGCAGACUUGGUUUGACUGAGCCUUUUCAUGGGCGGUAGUGGAAAUGCAUUUAGAUAAAAGAUUUCAUUAGCAAGAUGCAAUAAGAAACAAAAUACCUCAUUUUUUUACAUUGAAAGUAAAUACCAUAAAUAAUGUCAGUUUUCUUGAAUACUAAAAUCUUGAGUUGAAUUGAACAAGAUAGCAGACAAAGUGUGUUUUCAUUUUGCACAGGCUAUAGAGUAUCUUAAUUUAUUAAAAGGUUAUACACUUGUAUUUAAAUUGUUAAAUGUCUUUUAAAAGUUGAACACAGUGUCAAACAUUGAAGACAUUUUCCAUUUAAAAAAAAAAGUAUUAUUUCCUUCAGAUGGCAAGUCCUUUAUCAGUUUAUGAUACCAUUUUUACUACUUUAUUUUCUUCUUUAAAAAUCAUUUCCCUUUCAAGUAUUAGUAUAAAUUACCAAGGACACUAAAUAUAUAUUUAUAAAAAGGCGAGUUAUAGAUGCAAAAUAGUUAUAAUUAAAUAUCUCCAAUGAUUAGCCAGAUUAGAGUCACAGUGUGUAACAAUUAGCAUGUAGAUAUAUGGUUUAUGCAUAAAAUUGAUAUUAUACUGUUAUCAAUUAGUUUAAUUGAAAUUAUUGGACCAAUAACAUGGGUAACUGGUACAUUAUGUAUGACUGUUAACUUUUAUGACAGAUAGAUACUUGCAGUAUUUAUCACUAUUUUCUGUGCAUUUAAUGUGCUGUAUCUUGAAGAAUAAAUUUUGCAAGUAUUUUUUUCAGUUUAAGUAUUUAUUUAUGAAACAAAAAUGUCCAUUAAAUACUAUCAAAUACAUAGCAUAUAUUUUGUUAUAGCUCACCUUGAGAACAUUUUAUAUUUCUUUUGAUUCCAUUUUAAUAGGAUUCUAAUGUAAAAAUGGCUUUGUUUGAAAUGUUAACAUGAUGAGACUGAUGAUUUACAUAUAUUUCUGUUUAUUAAGCAAUUAAUUAUGUGGGAUAUUUUUAAAAUUUGAUUUUCCUACCCUUGUUCCCUGAACUAGUUAUAAGUCGUAUGAAAUUAUUUCACUUAGACUGCACCCUCAUGAAAUUAUCACGCCCGACUUAUAAUAACCGCCCAUCGUAUAUAAAUAGUGUUAAACAUGGUUUUGCUAUAAAUUAAUAUCUUAAAUAACUUAAGCUAAAAUAACUCUAUCUUGGUUGGGCAACAAGGCUUACAGAUGACAAACAGUUCAAAAGCUGUAUAGUUCCUAUGUCUUUAACACUUGAGCAGGGAAAACACACAUACACACAAAGACAAUAUAUGCAGCAAACUGAGGAUGUUUUGGAAGGCUGCAUCCUUGUGAAAUUAUCACGCCUGACAUAUAACCGUCCACAGUGUAUAAACAGUGUUAAAGCGGCAUGCCUCCAGA